CGGAGAGACGAUUUAGUGGUCAAACUAUCUUGUGUACCUUAUCCACCGCUAAUCAGAUUAUUAGAUGAUGCUGGCGCCGAUAAAGAUACCGCCGUCAAGGCGGCCUUGCAGAAGUUACAAGAAACUGUCGUGUCCCUAGAGCAACAGCUUGACACGGAGAGGAAGCUUCGCACCAAAACAGAGACUAACCUCAAAAGUGUCAUGAAGCAAUGGAAGCAGGUCGCUCAAGAACUGAGCAAACAACAGACGGAAGCCAAACCUUUCCAUGCUGUCACAGACGAUUAUCUCAAACAGCUAGUUCAGGAGCUUAAAUAUGAUGUAAGGUGUUUUGCAGAGACUUAUUUCGAAGAUUUGCCAUCACAGCCAUGGCCUCAGCAACCUCAGCUCGAAGAUGGUAGUGUGCCACUUCGCGUCCUGCCUGAGGCUUACGAGCAAUACCCGAUAUCCCCCGCACUCGCACAAUCGUUCGUCUGGCGCAUUCUGAAAAACAAGAUUUUCGAGCGCUACGAAUGGCCAGCCAAUAAAUCUGUGGGCAUUGAUCUAUACGGCGUGUCCAAAUUCCUGGAACCAACCAAUGGCGUGAAUGAAGUAAAUAGCACCGCACAAUCCGAAGCUCUCAAAAAGUUCCAUGUCUGGCGAGCGAUAACCGCGAAUAUGGUGUUUAAUGCAGACGCCGCUGCCAGCCCGAAGGAUAGUUGGAGCACAUUCAAAGAUUCGCUAAUUACAAAGCACAUCGACCCGAUUGCUUUAGCCUUUGUUCCAGAGGUAGAGUAUAGACGAUACUACGACUUGCUUGGCAACAUCGUUGAAAAAGCUCUGGUGCUAGAUAGGGAGAUCAGUAGACAAGCGGCCUGGGUUCGCUGGGUUUUCGAAGAAUCGGAAAGUUCUACGAGCCAAGGGAAUGUAGACAUUAUCGUUGCGCCUGCUCUGGUGAAGCGCGGCAGGUCGGAUGGGGAUGGGUUCGAAGAGCAGAGGCAAUUAUUACCAGCGGAUACUUUUGUUAUUCAGAGUCUAUUGUUAUCAAAGACGAAUAGCCAAGAGGAAACGGCAAGCCCUACAGAGGAGCCCGCAGAGAGCCCUACAGAGGAGCCUACGGAGGAGCCUACAGAGAACUCAAGCAGAUAGGUACCUAAGUUUAUUGCUAAGAUUUUAUAUUGUCGAGGUUUGAGAGUCUCGUGGUGCUCGCCUAUACCCUCUUUUCCAUCAAUGAGACUUGCCUACUACUUUAUUAUCGAGGCCUCUUGAAAAUCCCCAACCGCCUCUCCAGUCUUGAAAAUCACAUCUAACAAAACUUUGUCGCCAGUUCAUAUCAAUGUCCAAAGAUUCCAAUGUGACCAGACAAGGUAUGAGGUAAACUUGACCAGGGCAGACGCUAACAGACACUCGUGCUCUAUCUAACGC